UCGAGCAGAAAAUCCAGAGCAUCGGACGAACCGAGUGGAGAUUGCGUACCUUUAAUCAUCCAGGCCGUUGCCGUCUUUACGUGAGAUGAUCUACGCGCGUGACGAGAGGCGUCGAACGUUCUUCGGUGGGAGACAUGAACUCUGAGGUAGAGGGAAGAACUGUCUUCCGUCGUCUGGCAUCCACCGGACGCGAGAUAAACGCUUCCGAGUCCGGCAACAAGUUCUCCAUCGACAGCAUCCUGGGCCGAGGAGAUCGUUCGGAGGAAGAGUGCGACGAGAGGAUCUCCGCGCCGCAGAGACCGCAGACGGCCAUCCACGGCUGCGUUAGACCCACGCCAGUGGCCCUGCAUCCCAAUCCCGGUCUGUCGCAGACGGUUUACUCGCAACCCGGAGCUCUGAUAGUGGCCGCCGGCCGCACCGAACUGUCGCCCGAGGACCACUCUCACUUGACGUCGCUGGCCCUGGGCUACCUGUCGCCGGCGCUGGGAGUCGGCGCCGCCGCCCACCCCCCGCCCGGAGACGGCGGAGGACACCACCCGACGGUCAACGGCUCCUUCUCCGGUUCCGCCGCGGGAUUCAACGCCUGGCUGAGUCGCUCGCCCUUUCUGGCCCUGUCAGCUCCUAAGCCGGCCGGAAGGAGGCCCCGAAAACCCGGAGUGGAGAGGAAACCCCGACAGGCCUACAGCGCCAAACAGUUAGAACGGUUGGAAGCCGAAUUUAAGAUAGACAAAUACCUGAGCGUCAGUAAGCGGAUGGAGUUGUCUUCCGCCCUCAAUCUGACCGAAGUCCAGAUCAAAACCUGGUUUCAGAAUCGAAGGACCAAGUGGAAGAAGCAGAUGACGGCCAGAAUGAAGAUCGCGCAGAGACAGGGACUGUGGCCCGCUCACUACCUGGCGUCGCCCCACGCCUUUUCGCCCUUCGUCGGCGCCCCCUACUACAACGGCGCCUUAGGACAUAUGACUCUGGCCGGAAGGGAGGCGGUCGGCCCAGCCGGAGCGGCCGAUUGCCAAUCCCCCGACCGCAACGACAAACAGGACUGCAAGUAG